GGGCAGAACUAUAGCACAGUGUCUGAAUUCAUCCUCAUUGGCUUCUCCAACUUCCCUCAGCGGCUCCUGCCCACCUUCUUCCUACUGUAUCUGCUGAUGUACCUGUUCACGCUGCUGGGAAACCUGCUCAUCAUGGCCACCAUCUGGAGGGAGCACAGCCUGCACACACCCAUGUACCUCUUCCUGUGCGCCCUCUCCAUCUCCGAGAUUCUGUUCACUGUUGCCAUCACCCCUCGAAUGCUGAUCGACAUGCUCUCCAGCCACCACUCCAUUACCUUUGUGGCCUGUGCCAGCCAGAUAUUCUUCUCCUUCACGUUUGGCUUCACCCAAUCCUUCCUGCUCACUGUCAUGGGCUAUGACCGCUAUGUGGCCAUCUGCCACCCCCUGCGCUACAACAUGCUCAUGAGCCCCCGUGACUGUGCCCGUCUUGUGUCCUGGUGCUGGGCUGGUGGCUCAGUCAUGGGCAUGAUGGUGACAUUGAUAGUUUUUCAUCUCACAUUCUGUAGGUCUAAUGAGAUUCACCAUUUUGCCUGUCACGUGCUUGCCCUCUUGAAAUUGGCAUGUGGGAAGGAGACAGCCCCUGUCACCAUGGUUGUGAUCAUAGUUUGUGUCACAGCCCUGCUGGGAUGCUUAUUCCUCAUCGUCCUCUCCUAUAUCUUCAUCAUGGCCGCCAUCUUGAGGAUCCCCUCCACUGAGGGCCGCCACAAGACCUUCUCCACCUGUGUAUCCCACCUCACCAUAGUGGUCAUGCACUACGGUUUUGCCUCCAUCAUCUACCUCAAGCCCAAGGGACCCCAUUCUAUGGACAGUAACACGCUGAUGGCCACCACCUAUACAGUCUUCACCCCCUUUCUUAGCCCGAUCAUUUUCAGCCUCAGGAAUAAGGAGCUGAAGAGCGCCAUAAAGAGAAGCUUCUGCAGAAAAUUCUUUCCCCUAAGCUGCUGA